UAUCCUUUUCUUAAGUUGUUUGGCAAUAAAGUUUGAAGGUGUCUGUGAGGAGAAAUAGUAAUUUUUAAUUUUAAAGAUGUGUGACUUCAUUCAAUUAUGAACUGAUAGUUUCCUAUAAGUGUUCCUGACUUUUGUUAUUUUGGUGAAGAAAUUUAAAAAAAAAUGGAGGACCCUACGACAGGACGAUUCAUUUUAGGCGAACUCAAACCGAAGAGCGUCCUUUACUCGAAAUUCGCCAAGAGCCUUCCAACUGACGGAAAAAUGAUAAUCCCAAGACCAACAGUCUGCAAAAGAUGUAAGCUAUUACUGACUGAUAGGAAAUCGAAACAUGUCGUAAGGGAGUACCUCAUCGAUGAUUAUGCGUAUGGAAUACAAUUUUCCACUGAAUGUCCGAAAUGUUACCACAAAGUCUUUUUCACGAUAAACCCAAUGAAUACGAAUUGUCGAAUUCAAGAUCCAGUUACUGAAGAAUAUAUAUCUCUUGAAUUGAAGGAAGACAAUUACUAA